AUGGGGAGGAGGCGGUUGGUGAGGAAUGACCAUGUUUUCAACAACUCAACAAAACAGCCAUGGGAGGUGGGGGACUUAGUCAAAACUAGAGUCGCAAUGUGGAUGAAGGCGAAAUUCGACAUCAAAGUCUACACCGUGGAGGAUUUUAAGGUUUUCUUAGAUGGUAUUAGAAAAGUGAGAUUUGGAUCCACCUCUAAUUACACCAUUGGGACAAGCUAUGAGUUUUUGAAAGCGAAUUCCAAGGUCCACCAUUCCCCGUCGAGAAUAGCAGGGAACGGGAUCUUGGCAUUGCAGCGAUCAGAAGGUGAUGCGGUGAAGAUAAACGUGGACGCUGCAAUUUCUAGGGGUGAAAGCAACCUGGAAAUUUCUCUACAGCUUUCAAAGGUGUCGAUCGAGUCGGAUGCUGAGGCGAUUUCACCAGUCCAAGCCUUCCCAACCCAGCUCAGUCCCCAAAACCUGCCUUUUCUUCAAUCUAGAGUACCCUCAUCAAAGGUGAUAAGAUUUUUGAAAUCCCAUGCUAGGAGCCAAAUAUUUUCCUCAACACCCAACUACAUUAUCAAGGAUGACAUAAGACACAUUACCAUCUCUAGCUGGAUCUCCUUAUUGUCUCCCGGUACUCCACUUGUCACUAUAAAUAGUGGUGAAGGGCAUGCUCUUUCUUUCCCAUCUUCCCUUCUCUUGAAAUUAACAGUGGUAGUGAGUUUUCACGAGGAAAUUAAAGAAAUGAAGUCCAAAGCUUCUGUUUUCCUAGGCCUUUUGUUUGCAGUUCUCCUUCUUGUUACUUCGGCAGUGGCAGAGGAGACCACUUCUAAAGAAGUGAAGAAAGAGGAUGAAACAAAAGAGAGUAACCAGUGGGGUGGACCUGGAAGGCGUUGCCCGUUCGGGUGCUGUGGUUAUGGACUCUACGGUAGAUGCAGCUGGUGCUGCAGGAAUGCCAACGAGGCCUCCCAAUUCACCCAAGCCAAAGCCAACGACCAGACCGAGAAUGAGGAAGAAUCAGAAGAGAGUAACCAGUUUGGUGGACCAGGAAGGCGUUGCCGAUUCGGGUGCUGUGGUGGUUUUCUCCAUGGUAGAUGCAGAAGGUGCUGCAGGAUUCGGAAUGCCAAUGAGGCCUCCCAAUUCACCCAAGCCCAAGCCAAAGGCCAGACCGAAAAUGCGGAUGUAGCUGAUACAAACCGAGGCGGAUGGGGAGGAGGCCGAGGCGGUGGCAGCUGGGGAGGAGGCCGUGGUGGCGGCGGAAGGGGAGGAGGCCGAGGUGGCGUACAUGCAGGUGGUGGCGGCGGUUACGGUGGUGGAGGACAUGGAGGAGGUCAUGGUGGUUACGGUGGCGGGGAAUGGGGAAAUGACGGCGGUAACGGAGGCGGAGAAUAUGGAGGAGUUCAUUAUGGUGGCGGAGGAUAUGGAGGAGGAGGUCAUGGCGGUUACGGUGGCGGAGGAUAUGGAGGAGGAGGUCGUGGCGGUUACGGUGGUGGAGGAUAUGGAGGAGGUCGUGGUGGUUAUGGUGGCGGAGGACAUGGAGGAGGUCGUGGUGGUUACAGUGGCGGGGGAUGGGGGAAUGACGGCGGUUAUGGUGGCGGAGGAUAUGGAGGAGGUCGUGGCGGUUAUGGUGGAGGGGGAUGGGGGACUGAGGGUGGUUACGGUGGCGGAGGAUAUGGAGGAGGUCGUGGCGGUUAUGGUGGUGGAGGAUAUGGAGGAGGUCGUGGCGGUUAUGGUGGUGGAGGAUAUGGAGGAGGCCAGGGUGGUUACGGAGGCGGGGGAUGGGGAGGCGGUCAAGGCGGCUACGGUGGUGGGGGAUGGUGA